UGUUGGCUGUCUCCCAAAUUGCGCACAGAGUGUGGAUUUGCGGGGAUUGAAGGCAGUGAGUGUGUGCGGAUGGGCUGCUGUUUUGAUGCUGGGAGCCGGGAUGUGCCGCCCUGUUUCUAUUCACUGGAUAAUCUGCCAGCUUGUACCAAGGAUGGGCGCGUUCUGAUCGCCAUCUCCAAGGAUUUAACGCUGCCUCCUGUAAACCUGACAACGGUGCAUCUGAAGGAUGGACACGGAGCUGAGUGCAGUCCGAUCGUGGUGUCUGUAGACACUGUGCUCUUUCAGUUCGCAGUCACUGAGUGUGGCACUACUCAGCGGCUGGACGGGGUGAAUGUGGUGUAUGAAACGGAUGUGUUGGCUGAGUUUGAGAUCUUGGAUGCAGCUUUGGGCUCGGUGAGCCGGGACAGUCCCUUCAGGCUCCAUGUCCAGUGCAGUUACACGGGAAGCCAGGAGUCUGAAGUGCAGCUGAAGCCCCGAGUUUACACCCUUUCUCCGCCACUGCCUGUCACUGAGGCCGGCAUUCUGCUUCUGGAGCUGAGAAUAGCGAGAGAUGCUGCCUACCGGAGCUGGUACGUGGCCACUGACUACCCGAUCGUCAGUGUGCUCCGGGAGUCCGUGUUUGUGGAGGUUCGUGUCCUGAAGCGGAACGACCCGACCCUGGUGCUGGUCCUCAAUGACUGCUGGGCGACCCCCAGCCCCGAGCCGUAUUCGGGGCUCCGCUGGGACCUCCUGGUGAACAGGUGUCCCUUUGCUGGUGACAACUACAAAAGCCGCCUGGUCCCGGUAGACGCUGCUUCCCAUUUGCGGUUCCCAACUCAUCACCAUCGCUUUGUAGUGAGCACUUUCACUUUCUGGGAGCGAGUUUGGGCCCGGCCUCUGAGCGGGGAGGUCUACUUCCACUGCAGGGCUGAGGUGUGUCACCCUUCCAUCCGAGAGAACUGCACAGCUCCCUGCAGCCCCAAGAGACGAAGAAGUGCUGAUGAUCAGUCUGGAGCCUUGGUGACUGCUGAGGGCUCCAUCAUUUUUCUGGGAGAUGAGGAGAGAUUGGCUGUUGGGAUGGAACAGGAAGAGAAAGAUGCUGCUGUGGAUUCCCCCUCCCAUGUUGUUCCUGGAUUAGCUGUUGGGGUAGCGCUGCUCUCUGUGACCCUGUUGGUUGGGACUGUUGCUGUGUGGAAAAUGGAUGUGACUGACAGGCUGGGCACUGAGUGUAGCUCAAUGGAACUGUAGUUCUUUGGGAAUAAACUCUCUACGUACCAUC